UUAAAAAAGUAAUCGAAGAACAACAUUUUCUGUUGAUUUAGCAGGUCGUUUCCAGACCUUCACACGUGUAGCCUGUGUGGUAUGAGUAUACAGACGUUUGUAUUGAAGGUUUGCGUUAGCCGUAGCAAAGUUGUACGUGGCGUACAUCAUCAACCUUCCUGCAAGUUCAUUACAUCAUAUUCGUGUUGUUUAAUAAACCGCGAUACUAUAGUAUUGUACUGCAGGACACCCAUACAGAAGCAGGACCUGCAAUCGUGUAGAUUGUAUAUACAUACUGAUCAUUAAACGUUACUGUGGCCUCUGCUUCACUGCUGUUUAUUUCUUCAUAUCACACAGCACGGGACUAUUUUAAAGUGCGUAACGACAGGAAAAAUAACAAACGCGUUACAUUUGCGUGCGGCAUUGUGAAAUAUUUUUACAGUUUACCGUCGGGCACAUGCAAUCAAAUAAGCGCAUUUCAAGUUCCCCGGGGGUACCGUCCCAUGAUUGGAUGGGCUGUAUAUUCACAACAGCCCACACUUAAUAAAAUCCGUGAGGCCGGACAAUCUUCUCAUCACACUUUCUACAAUACUGACACUAUUGAAGGCUAUACUGUAUCUUGAUUGGUUAAACUGUGUGUGUGUUGAUUUCCUGUUCCUUGUGGAUUGGGAGAAGACCAUACAAUGCAAUUAUAGCAAGGAAUGUAAAUGUAGGGUUUGUUGAAUACUGGGGAACCUGAAUGAGGCUCCCUGAAUGUGGGGGUGCAGGACGUGCUCCGUUCUUCCUCUGCAUGCACACGGCACCAGCCCUGGGACCCUUUUCACCCGCACUUGGGGUUUAUGUUUCAUUGUAUCCCACAUGACAAACAGCUGCAAAAAAAAAAAUAACUUAAGGAGAUCUAAAUGUAUUGCUAUUCAAAUCUUAACAGCAAACAUGACAGCGAGUGCGAAUGACGGUGCUGGACGGUGUCUGAUUCCUCCUCCCCCUCCCCCUCCCCCUCCUGCCUCCUCCGCUCUCCCAGGAAAGAAGAAACUCUACCAGGCCAUCGCUGAAGGAAAGGCCCCGGUGGAGGGGGACUACGAGGAGGCCCGAAUCCUGCUCAGAAACAGGAUGGACAGUUUCAGCACAGACCUGCAGUGGCUUCUGUAUAAUAAGUACGUGCCUUCUCUAAUUCAAGACGGCCCUCAGUGUGGGCUGGUGGCUCUGUGGAUGGCUGGCCAGCUCCUGGCACCCCGGGAUGGCAUUGCCCUGGAGCAGCUGGUCAGUGUGGCCGUGCAGAGAGGCUACACCGCACAGGGGGAGAUGUUCUCUGCCUCCAACAUGGGGCUGCUAGCGGAGGAGGUGUUCCGCUGCCGAGCUCAGCUCCUCACCGGGGGGAUGGGUGGAGAGAACCGGGCUGCUAUCAUCCGACACCUCGCCACCGGCCUCCCCCUGCUCAUACCUCUCGUCAGCUACGAUGAGGAUUUCAACCACCAGCCGUGUCUGAAGAGAGGGCACAGAGCACACUGGGCAGUGGUUUCAGGUGUGCUGCUGGGCGUGGAUCCUGGCUCUCUCACAGGGCCGCUCCAGGCUGAUGGGACUGUGCCAGGACUCUUUUACCCCCCCUGCCCCGGCCAGCCCCCUUCGGGGAGCAGGGAGGUGUGUCUGCUGGCUAAGCAGGGGAAGAGCCUCCGCUAUCAGCUGUGGGGCUUCACCGAGGUGCAGAACAGCAACGCACAGCUGGAAGAGCUGCAACCCCAGAGAGAGAGCGACGGCACUGUCUACGUGCUGCCAGAGGGGGGCGUGCGGGCAGGGCUGUGUGGCCAGGUGUUGCUGCUGCAGCCUGACACAGACAGCAGCACAAACUAGAAUAGAACUAUUUCAUGCCAAAUUUGUUAGUUGGUACUUUUUUUAAAAGUCCCUGUAAGGAUAGCACUGCCAUAAUUCAAAUGUAAGUUGAGGCAGAAUUGGCACACAAACAUACCCAGAUACGCAAGAACCUUCUAGGAAUGCAGAGUGUUUUUAGUUCAAUUUUCCAAUGUUUAUAUAUUUGUACAGUACAAGUGCUCAAAAGAUAUCUGGUUUAUUUUUUGGUAUUCAUGCUAAGGAAUGCGUGUUUCCAGUAAUUACUUCAGCAAUGGUCAAAUUGAGCUCACCUCUGUCACACAGGACUACACUUCUGUAUUCUUCAACCAAAGAAAAUGUAUUGGUUGGGGCUUGUGUCUUCCGUGUAUUUCAAAUAAAUAAAACAAACCAAGAAAGCUUAAAUUAAAAACCUUUUUUUUAGUUAAC